UUGAUCCAUCAGGGUUGACCGUAGCAUAGCCCCUGUCUGUCUCUGUCCAUGAGGCCACCAUCAUCACCAGGGUCACAGGCAGGAUGACUCGGCACACACCUAUGAAGCUGACCAUGAUGCUGCCAAAAUGGACACAGCGGCAUGGCAUGAGCGGCCAACAGCGUCGGUAGACUGAGUCGCUUGUCCGACCAAACCCCCCUCACAUGCACCCGCCCCCCGUCACAUUGAGGCAGUCUGGAAGCACUCUGCAUCUAGCUGCAUGCAUACCAUCCCGCAACCACGCAACGCAUACACACAGACCUCUCAACACGUAGGUCAAGAAUCCAACACACAGCACCCAGCACAGAGAACAGAAAAACAGGCAGGCGAUGGCGCCUGACUAGCUAGUCGAAUCGCCCAGUUUGGUAGGAGCAUCGCUCUCGCACUCCCUCCCUCCCUGCCGGCAGUCUCUCUACCAUCUCCUCAGCAGAUUGGUGAGCGCCUUGGCGCCGUCCAGGACAUUGCCCCUCUUCAUCUCGCCGUCAUCCGUCUCCUCACCUGACACACACACACACUCUUUCUGCAGCUGGUGAGUGAGGAGGUCUGCACGGGUCACUCACCAUUGAUGAGCACGUAGAAGGCUCGCCAGCUGGAGAGCACCACUGCGGUCGCCACGAGAGAGAUGACCACAAACACACCGGGGGGCUGCUCGCCUGAUAGCCAGACGGACAGACAGACAGACAGACAGAGUACUAGCGACAGUCAGCGGCCACGUACACUUGACUUACCUCUGUAUACGGCUCUCAGUGCGAGCCCCAUGGAUGCCGACACUGCCCACGCUGGAAUCAACACCUGAGGGCAGGGAUGGCAUGCGCCAGUGUCGGCUGCGUCUUCGUUCACCUCACUCACCUGUGCCAUCUUCUUGUAGUUUGCUGUGGCGUCAUGUGUGUAGGCGCCCAGCAGAGGUGAUAUGCCGAACCAAGCUGAAAGGAGCAUAGCAUGGGAACCACCCACCCUCGUGUGUGUGGGUGUCUGUCUGUCUGUCUGUCUGUCGGAAUGUGCUGGUGGUCUGGCUCACCGAUGAGGAAGGGUGCCGCCGUUUGCCAGACCCCUGGAGAGAGAAUCGUCUCCUGCUGAGCGCCGUGGUUGGCCCUACCAGCCAAAGCAAACGCCAACAGCGCCACGGCAUCACCUACACACACCACACCACACCACACCGCAGUACUGACUCAGCCAACCAGAUUCCCCCCGCUGGCUUCGCUUCGCUUGGCUUGGCUCACCCGAUGCGAGAAGCCAUCUAUCGGGGAUGUCCAUCCAGUUGCUUUUGCCCACCCGCCGCACCUCGAGGCCAGCCUGGCCCGUCCACUGCGUCCGCUCAAUGUCACGCUCGUCAACCACAUCCCAGCCCGCCUCACGGGCAUACUUAUCGGCUUCGCGCUGGAUCUGCUGCACUCGCUCCUUGGCAGGCAGGCUGCUCAGAGGGGAUGAUGAACUGUCACUGCUGUGCUGCUGCUCUGUGGUCAUGGGCGCAGGCGACGGGGGAGCUGCCGGUGGGCUUGGUUCUUCCGGGCUAGUCGGGGCGUUCAUUCGUAAGACGGUGGGGUGCAGAAGCGAUGGACGAUGACUCUGCAGCAGAGAGGGAGCAACCAAAGGUGAAUGCAGGCAGGCACACCACGGUUCGGAUCUGGCUGGCUCACGCGUGACAGUCUGAUGGGAUGUAGAGUCUGCGUGAAGGCAAGAGAGGGCCGCUCUCCGCUUGCAGCAACUGCAUUGGCAGACAUCAGCGUUGCGAUCAAGGAUAUCAUUCUGCC